AUGAAGGCCUAUCUCGUGCUCUCGUUUUUGGGCGCUGUUGUCUCUCCCGCCCUUGCCAACGUUGUCGCACGUCAAUCAAAGGGAAACCUGCCACCCGUCACCGUAAAGGGCAAUGCCUUCUUCGCGGGAAAUGACCGGUUCUACAUGCGUGGUGUCGCUUACCAGCCAGGAGGUGCAGCAGACGCAGCCGAUCCGCUGCUUAACCUUGACAGCCUCAGACGUGAUGUAGCGAACUUCAAGUCGCUCGGCAUCAAUACCAUCCGUAUCUACACCAUCGACAACUCGAAGAACCACGAUGAGGGUAUGAAGAUGCUCGACGAUGCUGGCAUCUACCUAGCUCUCGAUGCCAACACUCCCAAGUACUCACUCAACCGUGAGACAAAGGACACUCUCCACCGCUCGUACAACGACGCGUACCUGCAGUCUGUCUUCGCCACGAUUGACGCAUUUGCCGAUUACAGCAAUCUGCUCCUCUUCUUUUCCGGAAACGAGGUCAUCAACGCGAAGAACAACUCCAACGCGGCCCCCUACAUCAAGGCCGUCACCCGUGACAUGAAGCAGUACAUCUCCAACAGGGCCAGCCGUCCUAUCCCUGUCGGCUACUCCGCCGCCGACGUUUCUGAGAACAUCUAUCAGCAAGCCACGUACUUCAACUGCGGUACCGACGACGAGCGCAGUGACUUCUUCGCCUUCAACGACUACUCCUGGUGCGACCCGUCUGACUUCAAGAAGUCUGGUUGGGACCAGAAGGUCAAGCUGUACUCCAACUACAGCAAGCCCAUCUUUCUGUCCGAGUUUGGUUGCAACACCAACACACGCGAGUGGAACGAGAUUGCCGCUUUGUACUCUCAGAACAUGACCAGCGUCUACUCUGGUGGCCUUGUCUACGAAUACACUGUCGAGCCCAACGGUUACGGUCUUGUUGAGGUUGGCAGCGACGGCAAGAUCGAUACCAACGCCGACUUCGACCGACUCGCAAAGGCUUACAAGGCAACUGCCAACCCUACAGGCAACGGCGGCUUCAAGGAGCAGGGCGAAGCCUCACAGUGCCCUGCCGAGUCUGACGACUGGCAAGUCGAGGGAACCAACCUACCUGCUAUCCCCGGAAAGGCGACUGAAUUCAUGGACAAGGGUGCUGGUACUGGUCCUGGUCUUGAGGGUGAUGGAUCGCACUUUUCUGGCGAACCCAGCGAGUCUACAGCUACUCCCGGUUCUGGAAGCCCCACCCGCACUCCCUCUCCCGGAUCCGGUGGCAGUGGUGGCGGCGGCCAGGGUGCUGCUGCUGGUCUCGAUGUGCCCCUUCGCUUCGUCGGCAUGAUCGCUGCGAGUGCUAUCUUUGGUGCUGUGCUUCUCUUUUAG